AUGGCGCAGCUGGAAAAGGAGCUCGUCGUCGACGAGUCGGGCUCUGGAGGCCCCGUCUCAGCCUCUGGCGAGAUUACCGAGAUCGAUGUCAAAGCCGAGAGACGCGUCUUGUCCAAGUUUGACUGGCUCGUCAUGCCGCAAAUGUCAAUCCUGGUUCUCUUUGCAUAUCUAGAUCGAACAAACAUUGGAAAUGCACGGGUGUUUGGCUUCGAGAAAAGUACCGGCAUGACGGGUACUGACUUCAACAACAUCUCCAUGUUCUUCUAUAUCCCUUACGUCAUCUUCGAGACGCCGUGGGUCAUAGCUGUUCGAAGGUUCGGCCCCGGUCGUGUUCUCGCUGUUGCCAUCGUCUGCUGGAGCGCCAUCACGAUUGGCACAGGCUUCUUGCAUACAUACAACCAAGUCAUCGCCUGCCGCAUCUUACUCGGAGCUUGCGAAGCGGGACUUUUCCCGUCUCUCACAUUCGUCAUCUCCGGCAUCUACCCGUCAAUCUCACAGGGCAAGCGCAUCGCUGUCUUGUACAUCUCGAUCGCCUUGUCAGGUGCGGUUGGCGGACUCAUCGCAUAUGGUAUUCAAUCAAUGGGGGAUAGACACGGGCUAGAAGCCUGGCGAUGGCUCUUUAUCAUUGAGGGAAUCAUCUCUCUCGUUGUUGGAGCCCUAUGCUGGGUCAGCCUUCCGACUACCCCGGAGACAGCGUGGUUCCUCAGCAAAGAGGAGCGUGCGACCAUGGCCGUCAUCAGGGCUCGCAACCAACGCUUCGAGACCUCUGACAAGCUCUCCUGGAAGCAAGCUGCUACUGCACUCACGGACCCCUUGGUCUGGAUUGCAUCGCUGUCGCUUUUCUGCUCGUCAAUUGCAAUGUUCGGCUUCAGCACAUUCUUGCCAACCUUGCUCAAGGGCAUGAAGUACACAUCACUCGAGGCCAACUAUCUGAGCAUACCCGUGUAUGUCUUGGCCUCAAUCGCCACCGGUAUUACGACGUUUGUAUCCGAUCGCAUCGGGAAGCGUGCUGUUUGUUUGAUACACUCGCCAAUCCUCGUCAUGAUUGGGUACGCCAUCGUCGUGGGGACUGGGAACAAGGCCGUGGGCUUCUUUGCCAUGUUCAUGGUCGCCGCUGGCGUGUAUUCGUACAACACGGUUGUUCUGACCUGGGUCUCAAACAAUGUUCAUCCCGACUACAAAAGAUCUGUAGCCAUCGCCGUGGUCGUGUCCAUUGGCAAUUGCGCCGGUGUUGUCGCAUCGCAGAUUUAUCCGAUCAAGGACGAGCCUCGGUACAUUCUGGGCAAUUCACUGUCCCUGGGGUUCGAGUCUGGGGCACUUGUCGGCGUAGCCAGUAUGUACUUCCUGUUGAAGUAUCGCAUGCGACAAAAGGAGAAGCUGUUGAGCCAAGGGGUCGAAAGCAACGGCAAGGAGGGAGACUACAGCCUGGACUUCAAGUAUCUGUUUUGA